GUGAUUUCUACUUUCGGUUUGUUAUGGUUUAAACAUAAUUAUCGACAUCGAUUACAUUUGGACUCCAUCCUAAAAAAAACAACAAUGUCAGGACGAAGGAGAGGGACGAAUUUAGGACUGAUACUGUUAGGAUCUCAAAUAAUGAACGUAGGGGUGAAGAAAAUUCCACCAGUGACAUUAGCAUUAAUUGCAGGACAAGUGGCAAUAUUUUUGGAUUUUCUCCCCCAGUAUUUCUACUCGGCUAAUGCUGUUUGUAUGAGUUCAUACAUUGUCUGGUAUCAUAAAAAAUGGGAACGACUAUUUUUAUCAGCAUUGUAUCAUGCUGAUGACAUGCAUCUUUACUUCAACAUGUCCUCGUUGAUUUGGAAAGGAACGUUUUUAGAGAAGAAGUUUAAAAGUAUAUAUUUUGCGUAUUUGGUUGCCGUGUUUACAGCUCUGACUAGCGUCACGUAUGUAGGGUUGAAUUUAUUACUAGAAAAUACACUAGAAGAUCAUUCAUAUGGUAUGCAAUGUGCUGUAGGUUUUUCAGGUGUAUUGUUUGCAUUAAAAGUGUUAGUAACUCACUAUACUCCACCUGGAUUACAUUACGCUCUAGGUUUUAUACCUGUACCAUCUAGAUAUAUUUACUGGGUAGAAUUAAUACUUAUACAACUGGUCACACCCAACGCUUCUUUUACUGGACAUUUAGCUGGUAUUGUAGUGGGGUUGUUUUAUAUUAAAGGACCUUUAAAACCAAUAAUGGACUCUAUUCUGUCACCAGAGAGAACAGGUCAAAGGUCAGGUUAUUCCAGCCAAUCAGGUUACAGUGGAUACAGGGGAGGUAAUUAUAGAGCGGAACCUUCUGCCCCACCCCCACCAUCGUAUGGUUUUCAUGAAGAAUAUACAGGAGGGUUAUCAGAAGAAGAACAGUUACGUCGAGCUAGAGAAAAUAGUUAUAGAGAACAACAGGCUAAUACUGGGGGUCAACGAUUGUAUCCUGAUUUAGAUGAUUUAAGAAGACAGAGAAUGAGGCAUUAUAAUUCCUGA